UCACCCUGUUCUUUACUUCACUCCCGCCUCGCUCCGAUUCCCGGCUUCCAGACUCUCGACUCUUCGGUAGUGCUGAUCUCAUCCUCUUCCUCUCUCUCUCUCUCUCUCUCUCUCUCUCCUUUCGCUGGAUACCAGUACUCAGCUUUCCACUACGGGAACCCAUCACACUCGACGAUCUGCGCCACCAACCUUCAUCCGUGGCCGACGUGGUUCCGCUACCAUCGCCCGUCGUUACCUCUCCCACGCCUCAUUUUAAGGCAAGGAAAAAGAUGUUGGAUGUAGGUGUUCGAGCCGAUGGUCGAACAAUGAACCAACUAAGGCCUCUGACUUGUUCUCGAAAUUUACUUAGUAGAGCUCAUGGUUCGGCUCGAUGGUCUCAAGGAGACACGAUUGUAUUGGCCGCUGUAUUUGGACCGAAAGCUGGAACCAAAAAGGGCGAGAACCCAGAAAAAGCCUCUAUUGAAGUUAUUUGGAAGCCAAAAACUAGUGUUAUAGGAAGGCAAGAAAAGGAAUAUGAGAUGAUCUUAAGAAGAACUUUGCAAAGCAUAUGUCUACUGAAUGUCCACCCCAACACAACUACCUCUAUAAUCGUUCAGGUUAUUGGGGAUGAUGGUGCUCUUCUCCCUUGUGCUAUAAAUGCAUCGUGUGUAGCUCUUGUUGAUGCGGGCAUUCCUUUGAAACAUCUUGCUGUUUCAGUCUGUUGUGGUUUAGCAACGAGUGGACAUGUAAUUUUAGAUCCAACCAUACAAGAAGAGCAGCAGAAAAUGAAGGCUGUUCUUUAUCUGGCUUUUCCAAACCCUCCUCUUUCAAUCCAUCAUAAAUCUGAAUCUUCGACGAAAGAUGAGCCUAUCGAGCAUGGAAUUAUAACAUCUGUUACACGAGGGGUGAUGUCAGUGUUUGAUUACGAGCACUGCUUGGAGCGCGGCCGUGUUGCUUGCUCAAAGAUCUCUGAAUUUCUGAGGAGAAACUUGCAGUCCUUAGCUCGAGAGGGCCCAACAAAAGCUACUUAGUAAUACAAAUCAUUGGUGAGAUUGCAAAAUUCUUUUUUGAUAAUUAGUUCAUGAAUUACACCUCUCUUUGUGUCAAUUUGCUUGUUUUGCACUCUAGGGGCGGUGGUCUGUACAAUUAAAUCUUGUUAGUGAUGCUCAAAUUUGUGUAUUUGUCUUGAUGC